CCUCCCGGGCAGCCCCGGCUGCGCCUCCCCGCCAUGGCGGGCCCGGCCGGGCGGGUCCCGGGCCCGGGCCCCCGGGCGCAGGGCAUCACCUUCGUGGUCGGGAUGCGGGCGGGCGCGGGCUCCGCGGCGGGGCUUCUGCGGGAGAGCCUGGUGCGGAGCCUCUUCCUGCUGGCCGGCGGCCCCACCGGCGCCCUCUUCAACGUCGUGGCGUUCUCCGGCCAGGUGUUAAAAUGGCGCAACCGCCUAGUCAGGUGUUCGCUCAGCAGCGUCGCUGAAGCAGCAGCCUGGAUUCGAUCCCUGCGGUUUGAGAAUGGCACGAACGCUGCGAGCGGCUUGGCCGCGGCGUUUGAGGACCCAGCCUGCCAGUCGGUGUGUCUGUUCACUGACAUACUGCCAGAGCAAGAGUCAGAGGAAAUCUGCCAACUUCUUAUGGAGAACAAGUUGCAUCCGGUACACGUCGUCUGCCUUCUGGGAGAUUCGGAUGAUCAUCAAAGAAGCAAGCAAAAAAUAAUGGAGAAAAUAGCCAGACAAUCAGGGGGGUCCUUUCAAGCGAUCAGACUCCCCCCUACUGCUUCUGAAAAGGUAAGCUCAAUGUCCAUCUCGCAUGUCCAGUGUUGUCACACAGCUAAUAAAGAUCCCUGUGGCUCUCUGCUGCCAAGAUGUCCGGGAAUAUACUUUCCUGUUUGUGCAUGGAACCCAGAUUCCCUUUGUAUGCCCUUGAUAUCCUCAGCAAAAAGGAAUUUCAUUGAUUCAUCCCCAGAGGCUUUCACUUUCAUGAGGGGGGCUCGUGUGUUGGCAAGGAGAGAAGCUGAUGGCUAUUACUACCUGGGCCACAUUGCCCAAGAGGGCUCCAGGGAACGCUUUUUAAUUGAGUUUGACAACAGUCGCAGUCUGAAAGGCAAGGUACAGCUUCGCAUGCAGGAAACGCCUCUCUACGACAUUCUCCACUACGAAGAUGCCAGGCAAAAGCCUCUUGCUCCAGGAGACAGGGUCUUGGCACCAUGGGAGGCUAGAGCUGAACGUUUUGGCCCAGGCACUGUGCUAAAGGUUACAGAGAACAAGGAGGCACGUUUAGCACACAAUGGAAGGGGAGUGCUUGUGAAUUUCUGGAAUGGGCAGAUUAAGGAGGUGUCUUCUGACCAAGCUCUGCGGAUCCCUCUGCCCUUAAGCGAACGCAUCAUCCUAGAACUGCAGAUGCCUUUAGCAGCCAGGCAGAUGGUGGUAGAUUCAAGCUUGGAUUACCCAUACAUCGUGACACCGGGUUAUAGAGCCUCAGGCCAUUACAGACAGGGUCACUCAAACCUGGACUACUGGCCAAGGGGUUGGUAUUCGACUCAGCCAUGUGCAAAGUGCAGCUGUAGGUGUAACUCACUUCCCCAUUGCUGCCUUGCAGCCUGGGAACCCACAUGGCCUACAGGGUGCAAAGUGCAGCAGAAAGAUGCCUUCAUCCCAGGAACGAGCUUGACUAAAGAAGAGCUCAGCAAGAAAAUAGAAGAGCAACUGUCUGAAGUGAGUAUUUCAUCUUCAGAAAGUGUUUCCAGAGAGGAAGAGAAGAAGGAAAAGAAGAGAUUGAAGACGGAAAAUGUUCCAAAAUAUGUUCAGUCUUCUUUGGAAGAGGACAAUGAGGAUAUAGAACCUAAGAAGAGUCCACAGAGGGAGAUGGCUCAUGAUGGUUGAUACUGCUGUCAACACAGACAGCUGGUUAAUGGAGACAGUCCACAAGGAGGAAGCCGACAGUCGACAGCAGGAUGCUGAAACUGAGGCUAAUUUUAAACAUGAACACGGUCUUUUUGAGUCCAGAGCAGCAGAAGCUCCAAUCCAGUAUUCCCAAAGGAGCCCUUCCCUGGGAACCAGUGCUUUGGUUCCCUUCAGGCGCCAAAGCUUCUUUAACCGAGUGAAUCAAUCGCUAGAGAAAGACAGCCUGAUCAUCAAAUCAGCUCUACGUGUACAGAGACCACACAGUACCUCCAAUGUGCAGGCUAGGAGAUCCACAAAUCUUCUAAAUCUUCUAAAAGACAAAAGCAUUGCAAAAUCAAUCCUUAAUGGUGCAUCUCAGGAGAGAUGGAAAGAGAUGGACUUCAACAGAGCCAAGACUGAGCACAAAAGCUGGCAAGAGGAAGAGAGGCAGCUGAAGAGGGAGCAGCAGCAAGAGGCAGAUGGCAUCCGACGUCAGCUGUGCCGGGACAACCAGAGGCAGCAAUUGCGUCAGAGAACAUUGCAAGGGCUGGAGAAACAGCUGGAACACAAAGACAGAGCUUUGCAGCACAUGGCACUGCUCCAGGCUGCUGGGGCAGAGAGGAGCAGGAAGGAAUCCUUCUUGCCAGAGGAGAAAAGGAAGGCAAGUCAGAGGCUGCAGUCCUUAAAGACACAGCAUUUGCAGAGAGAGGAGUUGCAGGCAGAAUGCAACAAAAGGAGCUUUGAACAAGAGAAAGAAAGGCUGGAUUUUCUCAGGAGCAGAAUGCAGUCACGGCAGGAAGUGUUGGAACGAGAAUCAUGGGAGCAAGACAAGCAACAAAAACAGUACCAGGCUGCCAAAGGCAGAGGGUUCCAGAGUAGAGACCGUUCACGCCAGAAGAUGGAAAAAGAAGGCCAAAAACUCUGUGACCUCCAGAAGUACCUCAGAGAACAGAAUCUUUUGAUGCUCCGGGCAUCACUGCUAGCGUAAGGAAGCUGCAGAGUGGGUAAGCAGGCCCUUGAGCAGUUCACAGACCUGCUUUGUAUCUUGUAGGUGUGAGUCAGUGUGCUGGCGUUUGGGUGCUUGAGUGCAGUUGUGACAAGUGGAAUUAUGAUUCCUGGAGAAGUCUUUAAUGUCUUUUUCAUUGCAGCCAGAGUGCAUUUUCACGGCUUCAUCCUUUACAUGCCUUUCUUUCUGGAGUUAUUAUUCUAGUCCACCUCUGUCAAGUGAAGUGGUGCAAGCACAGGCAUAGGUUAUGUCCUGCUAAUACAAACCUGCAGGGAAAUUACAUACAGGCCUGAAAAGGCUUCUGCUGCUGGAUUCUGGGAACUUUCUGUGUUUCUUCCAGAGCAGCACCAGAAGAGCACAUUUCUUUAAGGUCAAGGACCACAUAAAAUAGGAAGUGUAGUUACGUGAUGCUGUCAUAUGACUUACCUUGCUAUGUCAACGAUACAUGAAAUAUGGGGAAGGAUAGCGAGACACUAGCUGGAUGUUAAAAAAAAUGAAACUACUGCAGCAAUGAAAAUGUACAUGCUAAAAUACAAUGUAAAUUAUCCACUGCAGUUUCCAUUAUUAACAACUGACUCUUGCAAGUGUCCCAUUGCACGUGAGUUGCAGAGGUCCCUAGGGAAGAAGUCCCCAUACAUAUGACACAGUUGUGCUGCUUCCUGCCAAAACUGCUGUAGGCGGCAGGGCAGGGAUCCAGUGACAUGAGAGGUGCUUCAGAAAACCUGAUAAGACAGCUUGGAACCCUCCAGCGUGGGCUUCAGGUAAGUGUAGAUCUUCUACCAUCAGGGCGUACAUAACUGCUUGGAAAUACAUAGGCUACUCCCCUAGAGGAGGAAUGACUUACAGAAGCCCAAAAUGCAAAAAAGAUUUUUUUUUUUUUGGUGACGAGCCCCCCUUUCUAGGCAUUGUGAUGAGAAAAAAAGUCUGUUCUCUGAAAUACCUGUCUUUGGAGAAUCACAAAACCCAGUGGUGAGCUUGGGGGCCUGUUUUGCCUAUGAUCUUGCUUUCAGGUUGGCAGUCUCCAAAAGCAGGUAAUCUUAUGUCAGAAAGAUACUCAGA